AUGAGAAAACUCAUCCCCAUAUUUAGCAGCACCAACGUCACCCAGACGACGCUUCUCCCAUCUACCUUAUCACCCCCAUUAAAUUCAUCUUCCAUUCACGAAGAUAAUGAAAAACAUGGAUCAUCCACCAUCUUCCAUCCUAUACCUCUCAGCGAAUCGGCUUUCGACUUAGCCUCCAUCUCUCUCAUCUCCGGCCUCCUCCUCCUCUCUCUCCUCUCCGUCGCCUUCAUCUUCCACCUCCGUCUCAAGUCCCGCCGCUCCCACCAUCUCCGCAACUUCAACUCUCUCUGGACCGUCCGAUUCCUCCUCGUCUCCUUCAACAUCCUCUGGUGCUUCACCGAGAUCCUCCGCCUACCCUUUUUCCGCCGCCGCUAUCUCUACCCAUUUUUGCCCUCUUUAAGCUUAUCACAACAAGCCAGCCUCUGCAAAGUCCAUGUCGUCCUCUCUCUAGGCUUGUUUAAACCAGGUUUCUUAGUAACCCUCCUUUUCCUCGUCAACGUUUCGGUCCACAAACGAAACCCACGUCAAAUGUGGGCCAUCACUUUCGUCCUCAUCGCGUGUUGUCCCAUCCUCUUGCUGCAGACAUUGCUGGCCUUCUUUUCGCCGUCAAGGGUGGAGGAUUUGCCGGGUGUUUUCCGGCGGAGCUUCGUGCUUUCGAAGGACGGGUUGGGUAACAAAAUGGUGCUCUGCUCGUACCCUCUGUUGAACACCAUUGUUUUUGCCGCGUUUGGAGGUGCUUACGCUCUUUGGUUCUUGUUGUCUUGUUGGAGGGUCGUGUCUCUGGUGAUCAACAAAGGAAUUAGGGUUAGGAUUCAAGUGCUCUGUUUCACCGUCAUGAUAUCGCUGCCUCUGCAAAUCUUGGUCUUGGCUUUUUCGGCGUUGUGGAUGCCGGACAAGCCCGCCUACCGGUGUCUCAUGCUCAUAAUGUGCCUUAACGCGACAGUGGGAGCCGCGAUUGGGGAGGGUAUUUUGGUAAUUAAACCGAUAGCCGACGCAUUAUCGGCCAGCGGAGAUUGUUGCCGGUGGGCCGCCGGUGGACGCGUGUGUCCUGAUGUUGACAAGGAAGAGAUGCUGGAUAAUGGGAGUUGA